AUGGCAACCUUCCUCCAGUCUCUGCCGGUUUGCUCGGCUGUUCGCAAGCAGUCCACUGCUGUUCCUUUCACUCUUCACAAAGCCUCACAGUCCAUUGUCUCUCUGGCACCACGUAGCUAUUACUCUACACGAUUCUCCUCUGCUAGUCUGACCACUUCCCCCCUUCGUUCCUCUCUGCGCCUCAAUGUCCAGUCUACCCCCGCACAGCAAUGUCGUACCUUCAUCGCUCAGCUGAGCCGUCGUCAAUCCCAGACGCUCAAGGAGAGCGCGCCGACGACUCCGCAACCGCCCGCUAACCUGCAACUCACCAACCUCCCCUACUUCAUCCGUCGCACCGCCUCGAACCUCCUCCCAGUAUACGUCGACACCAAAGCUGGCGGUACCAAGCGUGAAACCAAGUUGCAGAAGACGGAAGGUGACCUCGAUGCUCUGAGAUCGGAUUUGGCACAGUACCUGGGUCUGGAGUCGGGCGAUCCGCGCGCCCCCAAGAGCCCCGAGAUCACGAUUAACCGUCUCAACGGUCACAUCAUCGUCAAGGGCUGGCGCAAACGGGAGAUCGAGCGUUUCCUGACGGAGCGCAACUUUUAG